AUGUCGUUGAACAACGUCCGCGAUUACGCUAAACAUAUUGUUUUGUGUGUUACAAACGACGAGUGCAAGAACAUCAACGAUCAGGUGCUUCACAGUCGAGUGACGGGAUCGCAGAGGGUGUACACCGCCACCGAUACCGUCGUAGCCGACGACGACGACGAGGCGGCUAAUUUUCCCAUAGAGUUUCUCAACACUAUGGAAGCAGACAACUUCCCGCCGUACAGGUUGACUUUGAAGGAGGGUGCGAUCGUCAUGUUGCUGAAGAACCUGGACAUGGCCAGACGGCUGUGCAACGGCACCAGACUGGUAAUUACUGAGCUCAGGCAACAUAAUUUUAAAGCUAUACUGUUGACAGAUCUCGACGAUGAGGAGAUAGUCGUUCCGAUCGUUCAGACGAGGACGUCCGGGGACGGCGACAUUCCGUGUCGCAUGUGUCGUUACCAGUUCCCCGUGAGGCUCCGCUACGCCAUGACAGUCAACAAGUCGCAGGGCCAGACUUUCGAUCGUGUCGGCCUGUCGUUGACGGUACAGCCGUUCGCCCACGGACAGCUGUACGUGGCGUUUUCAAGGGUGCGCAACCAAAAUUCCAUCAGGGUGUACACUUUAUCGUCCGUAGACGGACCGUGCGUUGUGAAAAACGUCAUGUACAGGGAAGUAUUAGAAUGA